AUGGCCGCAUGGUCUUCAAGAAAGUUGCUCAGAGAUGUUUUUCUCAAAAGAGGUGUCUUGAAUCGAAGUUCAAUUGUCAGAGGUUUUUCUUCUGCACCUGAAAAUGCUCCUAAGAUUGGUUAUUAUUCAAAGAAAGGAAGACUAUUGACAGGAGCCACCUUAGGGCUAGUUAUAGCUGGCGGAGCUUAUGUGAGUACUGUGGAUGAAGCUACUUUCUGUGGAUGGUUAUUCUCAGCAACAAAACUUGUGAAUCCUUUUUUCGCUUUGAUGGACGCCGAGGUUGCACAUAAACUAGCCGUCUCAGCUGCAGCUCGUUGUUGGCUUCCAAGGGAGAAGAGGCCCGAUCCAUCAGUCUUAGGGUUAGAGGUUUGGGGAAGAAAGUUUUCCAACCCAGUCGGUCUUGCUGCAGGGUUCGAUAAAAACGCUGAGGCUGUGGAUGGCUUACUUGGUUUGGGCUUUGGCUUUGUGGAGGUUGGUUCUGUUACUCCCGUCCCUCAGGAUGGGAAUCCAAAGCCUCGAAUGUUCAGGUUGCGAGAUGAAGGCGCUGUUAUAAAUAGAUGUGGCUUUAAUAGUGAGGGGAUUGUUGCUGUUGCAAAACGGUUGGGUGCUCAGCAUGGUAAGAGGAAACUAGAUGAAACUUCAAGCACUUCAAAUAAUGAAGUCAAAAACGGUGGAAAAGCUGGCCCUGGCAUUCUUGGUGUCAAUCUCGGCAAGAACAAGACUAGUGAAGAUGCUGCAGCAGACUAUGUUCAAGGAGUACAUACAUUGUCCCAAUUUGCUGAUUAUUUGGUGAUUAAUGUUUCAUCACCCAAUACCCCUGGCUUGCGCAUGCUCCAAGGAAGAAAGCAAUUGAAGGAUCUUGUGAAGAAGGUUCAGGCUGCACGUGAUGAAAUGCAAUGGGGCGAGGAGGGUCCCCCUCCAUUGCUGGUAAAAAUUGCACCAGAUUUGUCUAAAGAAGACCUUGAAGAUAUUGCUGCAGUUGCCUUGGCUCUUCACUUGGAUGGACUGAUUAUAUCAAAUACAACAAUUUCAAGACCAGAUAGUGUCAAUACAAAUCCAUUGGCUACAGAAACUGGCGGCUUGAGUGGGAAGCCUCUCUUCAAUCUCUCUACCAAUAUCUUGAAGGAGAUGUAUACAUUGACAAGGGGCAAAAUUCCUUUGAUUGGCUGCGGAGGCAUUAGCAGUGGGGAGGAUGCAUACACGAAAAUACGAUCUGGAGCAACUCUUGUCCAGCUCUAUACAGCAUUUGCUUAUGGGGGACCCGCCCUCAUUCCUCAAAUAAAGGCCGAAUUAGCUGAAUGCUUGGAAAGAGAUGGUUUCAAAUCCAUCCUUGAUGCAGUUGGUGCAGAUUGCAGAUGA